CGGUCGCGCUUGCCGCUGACGUGCGCGAGUUCGGCCGUCACAUACGUCAGUCGCAGGCGGGACGGCGGUGAGGUUGGACGUGGUUUCAUGGUGCGUUGCGCGGAAGAGGAAAAAGUUCGCGCGCAAGUGUAGGUUACGCGAGACAGAAGGAGCUCGAGAGAGAUAUCAACAUUGUGGUGUCUGGCGGCGAUGAUCGUUUCGCGAUCGACGUGACACCCCGGGUCGUCGCUACGUCGCCACGUCAUCCGAUCGGAGGGUUAAGUGCGAAGUAUUCCGUGCAGUUAUUAUCGAAGGAGAGCGAAUCCCGGGCGGGUGACAGUGCGAUCGCCCCCGCGAUGCACAGGACUAGUGUGGUAACGGCCACACCGCGUCGCCGGACUUUGACAGGUGCGGUCGCGAUCAUGUACGACGGCGGUGUACUUCGACCCCUGUUGCUGCUGCUGACCUUGUCCAGUCUCGCUAGUCUGGUCGCCAGUGAUGAAAAUGGUCAUUGUAUAUGGUAUGGAGAAUGUUAUAAGGACUCUGUCCAUAAGAAGAAUUGUAUUUACGAUGGGCCGCCAAAACCAUUGAGUUCCGAUGGACAGAAAUUGUUGGCUAAGAAUUGUCCGCACUUGUUGGUGGACGAUGGCAAAGGAAUUAAUACCUGCUGCAAUGCGAGUCAACUUGUAACACUAGAUACGAAUAUUAACCUUGCGGCCAACUUUUUAAAAAGAUGCCCUAGUUGUUUAGAUAAUUUAGUGAAGCACUUUUGCGAUUUCACUUGCGCUGUUAACCAAAGCAAAUUUAUCAAUAUUACGGAGAUAAACGAGAAGAAUGGUACAAAAUACAUUAAUAAAAUAGACGUAUACAUAACGAAUAAGUAUCUUGAAGGAACGUUUAACUCGUGUAAUAAGGUAUCAGUGCCGAGCACAGGCCAGUUAGCGCUGGAUAUAAUGUGCGGAGAAUGGGGUGCGAGUAGAUGUACUCCUUUAAAAUGGUUCUUCUACAUGGGCGAUGCCGAGAAUAAUGCCUACGUACCUUUCCAAAUCACAUAUAAGAACACCGAUGAACCUGUUGGUCCGUUUACACCACUAGAUCCUUUAAUUACGCCAUGCAAUAAGGCGCUAAACAAAAACACUCCAGCUUGCAGUUGUGUUGAUUGUGAACAAAGUUGUCCAGUACCACCACCGGUGCCUCCACUUCCAAAACCAUUCUCAAUAUUCGGUUACGAUGGUUACGAAGUUAUAAUGACAAUUAUUUUUGUAUGCGGCACCUGCCUUUUCCUUCUAUUAAUGAUGUGUUUCAGCCAUAGGAAACGUAUAGUUGCACGAGGGGAGGAAGUAGGAAGACAGGUGGGUAGACGGCUAGCUGCCGGAUUACACCACCCAGGAGAUGGUGCUCGUAUUGCCCUUGCCGCUGACCAAGAAGACAGCCCACUUCAGUCUAAGCGUUCUAGUGUCAUAUCAUCCGAUGAAUUACCAAGUGGAUUUGACCAAGAAGAACAAUCCACUUUCAUCGAGAAGCUUGGAGCAAAUACGGACAAAUUUUUACAAGAAUUCUUCUGCAAAUGGGGAACAUUCUGCGCCUCUCGACCUUGGUUAAUACUUUUCCUUGGCUUCCUAUUGAUCGUUGCUUUGGCACACGGUAUAAAGUAUAUGCAAGUUACUACAGAUCCUGUGGAACUGUGGGCAUCCCCACAUUCUCGAUCACGUGUCGAAAGAGAAUAUUUCGAUAAACACUUUGAGCCCUUUUAUCGAAACGAACAGAUUAUUAUCACUUCCAUCGGCUUACCGAACAUCGUGCACAACACCACUAAUGGACCUAUCGUAUUUGGACCUGUAUUUAACGAUACUUUCCUAAAAACAGUCUUUGAAUUGCAAGAAGGAAUCAAAGGUAUAAUUACUUCCAAUAACUACACACUAGCGAAUAUAUGUUUCGCUCCUCUAACUGGACCGUUUACCGGGCCAACAACGGUGUCGCAAUGUGUUAUUCAAAGUAUUUGGGGUUAUUGGCAAGACAGUUUAGAAAAGUUUGAGAGUUCGGAAGACGAAGGCAAUUAUACAGUCAACUAUUUGGAUCACUUUAGAGUUUGUUCGCAGAAUGCGUAUAAUCCUGAAUGUCUCGCACUUUACGGUGGUCCUGUGGAGCCGGCAAUCGCAGUAGGCGGAUUUUUGUCUCCAGGACAUGAUCUUCAUAAUCCACCAUAUGAAAAGGCAACCGCUAUAAUCCUUACUAUUCUUGUAAACAAUUAUCACAAUAAAGCCAAGUUGCGUCCUGCUAUGGAAUGGGAAGAAAGUUUUAUUAACUUUAUGAAAAAUUGGACUGCAACGAGAAAGCCGGCCUUUAUGGACAUUGCGUACACGUCCGAGCGCUCUAUCGAGGAUGAAUUGAAUCGAGAAUCACAAUCGGACAUUGUAACCAUUCUGGUAUCGUAUAUCAUCAUGUUUGGAUACAUUGCGGUAUCACUCGGCCAAAUUAAAUCAUGCUCUCGUCUCUUGCUCGAUUCCAAGAUUACUCUUGGACUUGGAGGUGUGCUCAUAGUGCUGGCGUCUGUGGUUUGCUCAGUCGGACUGUUCGGCUUCAUUGGUUUACCAGCUACGCUGAUUAUCAUCGAGGUCAUUCCGUUCUUAGUACUGGCGGUCGGAGUAGACAAUAUUUUUAUUCUCGUUCAAACUCAUCAGAGAGAGGGCAGACGGCCGAACGAGUCGAUUCCGGAACAUAUAGGACGUACCCUGGGUCAAGUCGGCCCUAGUAUGUUACUCACAAGUGUAUCGGAAAGCUGUUGCUUCUUCCUAGGCGGUCUCUCUGAUAUGCCUGCUGUGAAGGCGUUUGCUCUUUAUGCUGGAAUGGCUUUAUUGGUGGAUUUCAUAUUGCAAAUUACAUGUUUCGUCAGUCUCUUAGCACUUGACACAAUUCGGCAUGCGAACAACAGGCUGGAUGUAUGUUGCUUUAUUCGUUCCAAGCGUGAUGAUGGAGAAGAAGUGGUAGAUGGAGUAUUGUAUAAAAUUUUCAAAGUUGCAUAUGUUCCAUUAUUAUUGCAAAAAUGGGUUCGUGCGACUGUGAUGAUUGUGUUCUUUGGUUGGCUCUGCAGCAGCAUCGCUGUAAUACCACACAUCGAAAUUGGCCUAGAUCAAGAGCUCUCUAUGCCCGAAGACAGUUUUGUACUCAAGUAUUUCAAGUUCUUGAAUAAUUAUUUAUCCAUUGGACCGCCGAUGUAUUUCGUUGUUAAAGAUGGCCUAAAUUAUUCGGAUACCAGAGUGCAAAAUUUAGUCUGUGGUGGGCAAUAUUGUAACAGCGAUUCGGUGUCGACUCAAAUAUUUACAGCGUCCAAACAAUCAAAUAGAACUUAUAUAGCUAAACCUGCUUCAUCUUGGAUGGAUGAUUAUAUGGAUUGGUCGGGAUUAAACGAGUGUUGCAAAUAUUUUCCUACAAACAAUUCAUUCUGUCCACAUACUUAUGGCCGUCCAAAAUGUUCUAGUUGCAAUAUCACUUUGAAUAAAUACAACAGGCCGGUGCCUAGCGACUUCGACAAAUACGUAUCGUUCUUCUUGCAAGACAAUCCGGACGAGAAUUGCGCUAAAGGAGGUCAUGCGGCUUACGGACACGGUGUAAAUUACGUGACCGAUCCUAACACAGGCAUGUCGACCGUUGGCGCUUCGUAUUUCAUGGCUUAUCACACCAUUCUCAAGACCUCGGCCGAUUAUUACGAGUCGAUGAGAGCGGCCAGAGUCGUAGCAGCUAACAUUACAGACAUGAUUAACUGUAAUCUGAGACGUCUCAGUGGAAACACCACUGUGGAAGUUUUUCCGUAUAGCGUUUUCUACGUAUUUUACGAGCAAUACCUGACCAUGUGGCCUGACACAUUGCAAAGUAUAGGGAUCUCGUUGCUCGCUAUAUUUAUGGUUACCUUCUUACUGAUGGGUCUGGACAUUUUCUCAUCGUUAGUUGUUCUAAUUACAAUCACGAUGAUCGUCGUCAAUAUCGGUGGCUUAAUGUAUUGGUGGCAUAUAACUUUGAACGCAGUGUCUCUAGUGAAUCUUGUCAUGGCAGUUGGUAUAGCCGUCGAAUUUUGCAGUCAUCUAGUGCAUUCUUUCUCUGUGUCAGUCCAACCAACUAGAGUGGACAGAGUCGCAGAUGCGUUGACGAAUAUGGGUAGUUCGGUAUUUAGCGGUAUUACAUUGACAAAGUUUGGUGGUAUCAUAGUCUUGGGCUUUGCAAAAAGCCAAAUUUUCCAGGUCUUUUACUUCAGAAUGUAUCUGGGUAUUGUACUAUUUGGAGCAGCGCAUGGUCUCAUCUUUUUGCCAGUAUUAUUAAGUUAUAUAGGCGUGAUGUCGCGCCGGGGGCGUAGAAAAGACAGCGAACUCGCGAGCGAAAGUGAAGCUAGACGUCACCAACGUGACCAGCAGGACUCUCCUCUACUCCAAAACGACAACCAUCAAUGCGCGACCACUUCCUACGCCAGUAUGAACUCCACUGAUGUGACUGAUCACCACGUAACGUUCUAAUCAAUCCUCGCCAAUUUAAUCGAAUAUACAUAUAAUUUUUGUACUUAGAGGGACAUGAUAAUAUAAAGGGAGUAAUCCACUUAGUGGAGGAUCCAUUAGGCGAGCGUCAAUAAUGUCCUUUGACUUUGACCUGACUUGCGAGCUGAGAAAGAGAGACAAAGAGUCGCACGCGCGCUCUUAUCUCUGAAAUGUAGAAAAUUUCAUAUGAAUCAUCCUCAACGAAAUCCUCCGUGAUUGGUGAAAAUAUGUCCAUCUACGUUCAUAUCUGGCAUCUUCUUAGCGACAAAGAAAUUUGUAUAGUUCUAGGUUUUCGUCAUUUUUUAGCAUAUUUAUUUUUUUCUGGGCAAGGCUCUUUUUUAAUUUAAUAUAUUAUUAGAUCGUCACAGAGACUGUGUAUUCUAAAUUAAAAAGAAAAAAAUGAUCAAUUGCAAAUGAUCGUUACGAUCGAUUUUAGAUAAAAUAAUCUAGAAUGAAGAAUUUGUUUCCUUACUAUAUAUUCAUUGUUAAGUAAAUCUAGUGAGAAUAAUAAUAAAUGUGACGGAUACAAAAUGCAUUUCCCUUUUUUUAACGCGAAUGCAUUUCUCAAUUGUGAGAUGAAUCCUUUUUUCUCUGAUAUUGAUAUCCAAUUAUUACUUUAAAAAAGUUACAUUAAAAUGUCGAUAGUUAAAAGAGUAUUAAAACGAAAUGUUGAUCCUGAUACUAAAUUAAAUUAAAAAAAUAAAUUAUUUAAGAAAUUAAUAAAAUAUAUAUUAUAGACAGAGAAAGAGAAAGUCUAUUUCUCUCUCAACAAUACAAUCGAUUUUCUUUAUUCUAGAUUUAUCAGAAGCGUUUCCUCUAUCCUCUUAAUUUUUUUAAUGCACAGAAUAAAAAUAUCACUCUGUCUUUUAUAUAGUUUUUUAUAUAGUUUUCUCUAUUAUGAUACAUAUGAAAAGAAGAAUUUUAAUUUAAAAAAAUAGUUGAAUUGGAAAAUUUGAAAUAGAAGGAAGAGCAUCGAUUGUAAUAUAUAUAUAUAUAUAUAAAACCACUUAUAUUUUAAGAUUUCACUUAUGAUACGCAAUUUCGAAGUUGUGCAACUAAAUAUAUAAUUGUUUUUUACUUAUGCCGUCCACAGCUGAGAAAAAUAUGAUGCAUAUGAGACAUGUAGAAUCAAUAGAUGAUUAUUUAGCAAUUUAAUUAAAUGAUGGUUAAUCGAUCUAUUCUCGCAAGUAAAAAUGAUAUCUAUAUCAGGAUUCAAGUUUUCAAGAUACUCUCAUUAAAACCCACAAGUUCCAUGGUGUGAGAUCGCACACGCGAUCUUAGGUCUAACCGUUCUGAAUAUAAAUAUUACUAGAUAUGUUGUUAUUAAUUUUUGAUAUAUACAUAUAUAUACAUAUACAAUAUAUAUAUAUAUAUAUAUUUUCGCUAUAUAAAUGCAUCUAAAAUUGCUUUAAACUUUUUAUACAAUUAACUUUGGAUGCAAAAAUAAUAGAAUAAAAAUUCCGUUUAAUGAACGUUCAUAAUAAGAAAUUGGAACUCUCGUUAUAAUAUUGAUUAAUUUCGACAAACUUUCGCAACCAUGAUUCUUAAGUAUCAAGUUUCCGUCGUGAAAUGUAAAAAAAAUAUCAGUAUUGUUGAUUAGAUAUGUGUACGCUUUGUCUUUAAGUGAAAGCUCUGUUCCUUAAGUGAACUUUGUCUUACAAGUUAUGAAUUUAUAUUUUGCAACUUAAAAUUAAUUAAUUAAGGCCAGACAAAGAAAUGAUUUGUUCUCUUGUCGCGCUGGCUUACUAUGGAUCAAUGAGGAACAUUAUAUCUCUGUCAGAUUUAAGUAUUUUUUAUUAUUUUUUUUAUCAUAUGGUCGAGACCAUUUUUUUCAAAGCUUCUUACAAUCUGUAAAUUGUAAUAUCUGAUUUCUUCAGCUUUAAAUAUGAUUAUAAAUCAACAUGUGAAUGUGAAGUUUCAUUUUGAAAUGGAAGAAAACAUUCACCUUUGAUGAUUGGGGAUUUUGUUGCGGAAAGAAAUCGCGACCUAAAUUAUUAUGAUUAUUAUUUAUACUAUAUCUGCUUGAAAUUGAGUAUGAAAAUAUUAACGAUGCUAAAUUGAGACGUAACUUUAAAAUCAAACUAAGCACAUGUAUUAUUCUCUAAUUUUAUAAGAACAAAUAUCGCUCAGAAUCUCAUAAUUUAUAAAAAUGACGCGUGAAGUAGUUUAGAAAAUAUUCUUACACACAUCGCAUUUUAAUAUACUAUGUCAGAGAUUAGAGGCACUGUAAAAACUAAUUAUUUUAUUUUUAUAGAUUAGAUAUUAUUUGCACGUUAUCUACAAAUCUCUGUAAAUUAUAUGUGCAAGAAUGUGACUUUGCGAUCCUUAGUAAGCGAAAAUUUCAAAGUAAAAUGGAGCUUUCUUUAUUAAAUUUCAACCAUUGAUUAGUUAAAAAAAUAUACUUAUUACAUGUUAGAUUCGAAUAGUUAAAAUCGAGUUGCAAGAGACACAACAUUAUUUUUUUUUCUUAGAAUAAAAAGCUUCGCAAUCUCAUGCGUAAGACUCAAACAAUAAUGUAUCUUCUAUAUGAUGACAAGCGAAAACUUUUAUCACCGGUUGAUCAUUAUUCAUCUCGUGUGAAUUUCUUACGAUCUGGCCGAACAUUUAGAUAAAGCUAAUUUGGGAUAGUUUAUAUUAUAAUUAAUUAUUAAUUAGGUUUUCUUAGAGUGAGAUUCGUCAACUUUAUUUACUCGUGCGCUUUGUCGAUGUGAAAGGUCUCUGUGAAAAAAGUACGACGCUUUUGUUGUAUGUAUGUGUGUAAUACGAAUUUAGAACUAUCUUUAAUCCUUUGUUCUCGUGUAUGAUAUACACAAACUACCCGAAUUAAUUUCUAACAACGUCAAAGGCGUUCCUUAACGUGCUCGAUACUUAUUUCCCGAUUUAGGGGAAUUUGCUCGUGGUCAGAUUUGAACAUGAAAAACCAUUUUCUAAUGAAGUGCAUAACUUUUAUAUACAAUCGUCAAAAGCGAUUACGCAGAGAUUAACAAAAGAAAGAAACUCCGCUAGAUGAAAAUUGUUGAUAUAUCUCGAAUUGUUAUUCUGCGAUGUACUUGUGUGCAGAUGAAUGUUUUAGAGACGAAGAGGAGAGAAAUGACUGCGUUAAAUGUUAUAACUGUAUAAAAGUAUAUCGUGUAAAAUGUAUAAGUAUACAGUAUAUGUAUAUCGGCUGGCGAAAAUGUGUAUGUAUGUGUGCACACGUAUGAAAUACGCGAUAUAAAUUUUCUGUUCAAUCUAAUAACGCGUAUUAUUCACUUGAGAGGGUAAUAUAGUGAUUGAUCUUCUUCGAUUUAUACUGCACCGUGUAUAUGGCGAAUUGCAUAUCAAUAGACGCUUCGGAUAUAAAUAUGAAGUAAAAGAAAGUGUAAGAGCAUUAAAUUAUAUAAGUUAAUGUAAUGACGGAUAAAUGAAAACAAACAAAAAAAAGAAGUUAACUCAGAGAAGCAUCCAAAAUAAGCGUGCAAAGCGUACUGUGUUGUCACGUAAAUACAAAUAAAUUUUCUCCUAUUUGUACCAUACAA